UUACAUUAGCAACUUAAAUCGGACACACGCAUUCCAAAGAGAAGUGAUCGUUCUCAACUCUUAGUUGGUGCCUAACAAUUUCAGAGCCAAAUUUUUCUAAGCGGUGCCCCAAAGUCAAAUAAGGGUGCUCUCUAUAAUUGUAGUGGGGUGGCUACUCGCAUAAGAUCUUCUUUACUACAUCGGCUAUCCAGAAAAUUGAGAAACUCACCCAAAUGGCAAGUGUUUCUUCAGUCUCAGCUGCUCUUAGAAGGCUUGAGGGUAAGGUGGCUUUGAUCACCGGUGGCGCGAGCGGAAUCGGAGAAGCCACCGCAAGACUCUUCUCCAAGCAUGGAGCUAAAGUGGUGAUAGCAGAUAUCCAAGAUGAUUUGGGCCACUCUGUUUGCAGAGACUUGGAAUCCGCUUCCUUCGUCCACUGCAACGUGACGAAGGAAGAUGAGGUUGAAACCGCCGUGAACACGACGGUUUCCAAGCAUGGAAAACUAGACAUCAUGUUCAACAACGCCGGCAUAUCCGGUGACAACAACAUCAGCAUCCUCAACAACACGAAAUCAGAUUUUGAGCAAGUUUUCAGUGUAAACGUUUUUGGUGCGUUUCUCGGAACGAAGCACGCGGCGAGGGUCAUGGUCCCUGCUAGAAGGGGAAGCAUAAUUAACACGGCUAGUGUUUCUGGGUUAAUCGGUGGCGCCACUCCACAUGCCUACACGAGUUCAAAGCAUGCGGUGGUGGGAUUGAUGAGGAACACGGCGGUGGAGCUUGGAGCUUACGGUGUUCGGGUGAAUUGUGUGUCGCCUUAUUUUAUUCCAACGCCGAUGGUUAAAAAUUUCUUCAAGCUUGGUGAAGAGGAUGAAGUUCCAAAGUUUUAUUCUAAUCUGAAAGGUGCUGAUAGUGUACCAGAAGAUGUGGCUGAAGCUGUUCUGUAUUUGGGAAGUGAUGAGUCUAAGUAUGUUAGUGGUCACAAUCUUGUGGUAGAUGGGGGAUUCACAGUGCUAAACAAUGGAUUUUGUGUGUUUGGACAAUCUGUAUGAGACUCUAAUUAUCACGUCAUCAUGUGUGUGUCAAUUUUUAUUUCCUCAAAAUUAAUUCUGAUGUAAACUAUGACUAGAACUUUCUCCGCAAAAUUGAUGAUGACUUUAAAAUUUAUUGAAAAACACGAAUUAAACAUGCUGUGUGUAUUCAUGA